AUGGAAGUUGCGCAGUGUCCGUCAUACGCGGCGGCGUUGGGCUACACGGGAGUGGCUGCGGCCGUUUGUCUUUCCAACUGGGGGAGUGCGAUUGGUACUUGGAAGGCUGGUAUCUCCAUCGUCCACACGGGCAUUCGGCAUCCUUCCUCCGUCAUGAAGAACGUCAUUCCCAUAGUCAUGGCGGGAGUGAUUGGCAUUUACGGACUCAUCGUCGCCGUGAUUAUUUCGCAGUCCAUCGUCACGCCCUCGACGGAACGGAACAACGCCUACUCGACCUACACGGGUCUCGCGCACUUGUGUGCCGGCCUCUGUUGCGGCGUUUCCGGACUCGCCGCCGGAGCCUGCAUCGGUAUCGUCGGUGACUACGGUAUCCGCGCCAACAAACUAUUCGUUGGUAUGCUCAUUAUGCUUAUUUUCAGUGAAGCACUCGCACUGUACGGAAUGAUUGUGGCCCUGAUUGUUUCGCAACACUCCUACUCGUGUGGAUAG